ACCGCCCACCACCGGGCUCCGCCUUCGUUCCCGGAAGUCGCCCGCGGCGGGCAGGGCCAUCUCGGCGACUCCCACAUAUCCCGCGCAGGCCGGCGGCCGGAAACUCACGCCCGCCGAAGCCUGUCCCUUGCGGCGCGCCGUCCGCGCCCGAAAGCGGCUGCGCGGAGUCGACGCGGCCCCGCGUGGGACGGGCCGGCAUGGCGUUCCGGCAGGCGCUGCAGCUGGCGGCCUGCGGCCUGGCCGGGGGCUCGGCCGCGGUGUUCUUCUCGGCGGUGGCAGUGGGGAAGCCCCGCGGGGGCGGGGACGCGGAGCCGCGCGUGGUCGAGCCGCCAGCGUGGGCGGGGGCCGCGCGCCCCGGGCCCGGCGUCUGGGAUCCCAACUGGGACAGGAGAGAACCGCUGUCCCUGGUCAACCUGCGGAAGAGGAGCCUGGAGCCCGGAGAAGAAGAGCUGGCGUCCAGGCUGGACCACUACAAGGCCAAGGCCACACGGCACAUCUUCCUCAUCAGGCAUUCCCAGUACCACGUGGACGCCUCCCUGGAGAAGGACCGCACGCUGACGCCCCUGGGUCGUGAGCAGGCUGAACUAACCGGUCUCCGACUUGCAAGCUUGGGGUUGAAGUUUAAUAAAAUCGUCCAUUCCUCCAUGACCCGUGCAAUAGAAACCACUGACAUCAUCAGCAAACACCUGCCAGGCGUCUGCAAGGUCAGCACAGACCUGCUGAGGGAAGGCGCCCCCAUCGAGCCUGAUCCGCCCGUGUCUCACUGGAAGCCGGAGGCUGUGCAGUAUUACGAGGACGGGGCGCGGAUCGAGGCCGCCUUCCGGAACUACAUCCACCGGGCGGACGCCAAGCAGCAGGAGGACAGCUACGAGAUCUUCAUCUGCCACGCCAACGUCAUCCGCUAUAUUGUGUGCAGGGCGCUGCAGUUCCCUCCAGAAGGCUGGCUCCGCCUUUCCCUCAACAACGGCAGCAUCACCCACCUGGUAGUCCGGCCAGAUGGCCGAGUGGCUCUCAGGACCCUCGGGGACACGGGGUUCAUGCCUCCUGACAAGAUCUCCCGCUCCUGAGGGCCGCCUCAAGGCCCCGCUCUCCUCCUCAGCCCCCUGCCGGCCUGGUGUGGGUGCCACCGAGACCGCGGGCUCCUCCCCUGCU